AUUCUAGUAAAGGACGUUCCAUCUGCUCACUGUUACACUUUUACGGACCCCCACAUCAUCACAUUUGAUGGCAGGAGGUAUGAUAAUUACCAGAUAGGCACCUUUGUGCUGUACAGGAGCACUGCUCGGCCGUUUGAGGUGCAUGUGAGACAGUGGGAAUGUGCCGGCAUGACCGCCCAUCCCACCUCGUGUGUCUGUGGCUUUGCGGCCAGGGAUGGUGGUUAUGUUGUCACUUAUGACAUGUGUAAUGGACUGGCGGGAGAGACAAAGCCACGCCUCUCUGUGAAGAACGGAGACCUGCUAAAGAGUGGAAUCCGUGUCAAUGAGUCCUACCAAGGCCGCAAAGUCACUAUUACAUUCUUGUCGGGGGCAUUUGUGCGUGUGGAUGUGGCUGACUGGGGAAUGAGUCUGACUGUAAGGGCCCCAGGCUCUGAUCAAGGCCACACUGAAGGCCUGUGUGGAACUUUUGAUAGAAAGCCAAUGAAUGACUACCACAAAGAGGGAGGACAGUCUGUGGAGGACAGCACUUCUUUUAUCAACGCAUGGAG